UUGCUGCAGCUUACACAGAGUUGGAAAUGAAUGGCUCCUAGAGAGAAGAUUCAAGCUCCUUCGAGCUCUGGUUUAAAUUACUACAGUAGCAGAGAUGAUGCGCUGAAGAACUCUGACGAUUGGUUGGCGGACAAAAGAAAUGAUGAUCAAUCUGAAGGCCUUUGGAGGAUUCACGACGACCUCUACGACCUCACGGAUUACGUGGAUCGUCAUCCAGGCGGAAAAUUCUGGCUCAAAGUCACCAAAGGCACUGAUAUAACCGAAGCCUUCGAGACACAUCACAUUUUGAGAGAUGUGACUCCAAUACUUUCGAAAUUCCACGUGAGGAAGGCAUUCAAACCUAGGCACUCGCCUUACACAUUCCACGACAAUGGAUUCUACAGGACGCUGAAAAGAAACGUGAAGGAAUUUCUGAAAGAUAAACCGAAAGUGUCGAUUUGGAAAUCGAAGCUUAUUAUCGAUGUUAUGCUACUACUCACCUUCGCACUAUCGAUUUUGGCAGCGCACUUUUGGUCCUACACCUUGGCCGUUUUUGCCGGAUACUUCUUGGCUUGCGUCGUCAUCAUCGCCCACAACUUCUUUCAUCAAAGAGAUAACUUUAGAAUGCAUUAUUUCAACUUUGGUAUGGAAACUAGGGAGUGGCGGAUUUCCCACGUUCUAAGUCAUCAUAUGUUCACAAACACUAUCUACGAUAUGGAGGUCUCUGUGAUCGAACCGUUUCUUGAAUACUUACCUGUCAAGAAGAGUGUUCUGCAAAAGAUCUUUUACGUGUUGAUUACCCCGUUGGCCUACGCCACUGUAUACCAUAUUUCUUUUCUCAAAACCAACUGGAAAACCGACCACGCCAGAUGGCCACUUUUGAUAAAAUUCAUUCUUCCCUUGGCGAUGUAUGUAUUCACCGAUCAGACCUUUUUAGCCUCUUUCGGAAUGUGGAACUUCAUUCUCUUAGUAUCCAGCGCUAUAUUUGGAACAAUCGGUUUAAACGCGGCUCAUCAUCAUCCCGACAUCUUCCAUGAUGGAGACGCCGUCAGAGAUGACAGGGAUUGGGGUAUUUCUCAAUUGGAUACAGUAAUGGAUCGCAGAGACAUCUCAGGAUUAUUCUUGGUUUUAACAAAUUUUGGAGACCACGGCCUUCAUCACCUCUUCCCGACUUUCGAUCACGCAACACUGGAUCAAUUGUAUCCAGUUUUGAGGAAAACCUGCAAAGAUUUCAAUAUAGACUUGAGGGUAACCACACAAUUGGAUUUGGUCAAAAGAUUGGACAAGAACACAACAGUUAUUGCUUCAGCUCACACUGAGUUGGAAAUCAAUAUGGCUCCUAGAGAGAAGAUUCAUGCUCCUUCGAGCUCUGGUUUAAAUUACUACAGUAGCAGAGAUGAUGCGCUGAAGAACUCUGACGAUUGGUUGGCGGAUAAAAUAAAUGAUGAUCAAGCUGAAGGCCUUUGGAGGAUCCACGACGAACUCUACGACCUCACGGAUUAUGUGGAUCGUCAUCCAGGAGGCAAAUUCUGGCUCAAAAUUACCAAAGGCACUGACAUCACCGAAGCCUUCGAGACGCAUCACAUUUUCAGAGAUCUGACUCCGAUGCUUUCGAAAUUCCACGUGAGGAAGGCAUCCAAACCUAGGCACUCGCCUUUCACCUUUCACGAUGACGGUUUCUACAGGACACUGAAAAGAAACGUGAAGGAAUUUCUGAAAGAUAAACCGAAAGUGUCUAAUUGGAAAUCGAAGCUUUUUAGCGAUAUUAUGCUAUUACUUACCUUCACAUUAUCGAUUUUGGCAGCGCACUUUUGGUCCUACACCUUGGCCGUUCUUGCUGGAUACUCCUUGACCUGUGUUGUAAUCAUCGCCCACAACUUCUUCCAUCAAAGAGAUAACUUUAGAAUGCAUUAUUUCAACUUAGCUAUGGAAACUAGGGAGUGGCGGAUUUCACACGUUCUAAGUCAUCAUCUGCUCACGAACACUAUCUAUGAUAUGGAGAUCUCUUUAUUCGAACCAAUGCUUGAAUAUUUACCAGUCAAAAAGAGUUUUCUACAAAAGAUCUUUUACGUCUUAAUUUCCCCGUUGACCUACGCCACUUUAUAUCAUAUUUCUUUUCUCAAAAAGGUUCUACUAAUAGCAACUGGAAGAACCGAGCACGCCAGAUGGCCACUUUUGAUCAAAUUCAUUCUUCCCUUGGCGAUGUAUAUAUUCACCGAGCAGACCUGUUUAGCCUCUUUUGGAAUGUGGAAUUUCAUUAUCUUAGUAUCCAGCGCUAUAUUUGGAACAAUCGGUUUAAACGCGGCUCAUCAUCAUCCCGAGAUCUUCCACGAUGGAGACGCCGUCAGAGAUGACAGGGAUUGGGGUAUUUCUCAAUUGGACACGGUAAUGGAUCGUAGAGACAUAUCAGGAUUAUUCUUGGUUUUAACCAAUUUUGGAGACCACUGUCUUCAUCACAUGUUCCCGACUUUCGAUCACGCCACACUGGAUCAGCUUUAUCCAGUCUUGAGGAAGACCUGCAAAGAUUUCAACAUAGACUUGAGGGUAACCACACAAUUACAUUUGGUAAAAGGACAAUUCGAGCAGUUGCUCCGCACCGAACCCAACAAAAAAAUAACAGAUCUUCUCAAAUAUUCCAAGAAACAGAUGUAGUUAUUACUAAACGUUUUAAAAUUUAAUUUGACAAAUAGUUUUAUCUGCAAAGGUAAUUACAAUGUCUAUUGGUGAAAUAAAUGAAUUUAUUAUUUGUUGAUAUUUGAAAAAAAAAAUUGGACAAUA